GCGGGGCUGGCGGGCGGGCGGGCGGCCGGGAGCGGUGGCGACGGCGGCGGCGGCGGCGGUUGACAGACAAUGAGGGCGGCGGGGCGGCGCUGAGCGGCGGCGGCGGCGGCGGCGAGCGACGCGGGGCCCGGGGGCGGGGCGGGGCGCCAGCCAUGGACAAUCAGUGCACUGUCCAGGUCAGGUUAGAGCUGGGGCACCGUGCCCAACUGCGCAAGAAGCCUACCACGGAGGGGUUCACCCACGACUGGAUGGUGUUUGUCCGUGGCCCCGAGCAAUGUGAGAUCCAGCACUUCGUGGAGAAGGUGGUCUUCUGGCUGCACGACAGCUUCCCCAAGCCCAGACGUGUGUGCAAGGAGCCCCCCUACAAAGUGGAGGAGUCAGGGUACGCUGGCUUCAUCAUGCCCAUCGAGGUGCACUUCAAGAACAAGGAGGAGCCACGGAAGGUUUGCUUCACCUAUGACCUGUUCCUGAACCUGGAGGGCAACCCGCCCGUGAACCACCUGCGCUGCGAGAAGCUCACCUUCAACAACCCCACCACUGAGUUCCGGUACAAGCUCCUGAGGGCUGGCGGGGUGAUGGUAAUGCCCGAAGGAGCAGACACGGUGUCCAGGCCCAGCCCUGACUAUCCCAUGUUACCCACAAUUCCACUCUCUGCCUUCUCUGACCCCAAGAAGACCAAACCAUCCCACGGCUCCAAGGACGCCAACAAGGAGAGCAGCAAGGCCUCCAAGCCACACAAGGUGACCAAGGAGCACCGUGAGCGGCCCCGCAAGGACUCAGAGAGCAAGAGCUCCUCCAAGGAGCUGGAGCGCGAGCAGGCCAAGGGCUCCAAGGACGCCGCGCGGAAGCUGGGUGAGAGCCGCCUGCCCAAGGAGGAGAAGGCGCCGCCACCCAAGGCUGCCUUCAAGGAGCCCAAGAUGGCUCUGAAGGAGACGAAGCUGGAGAGCAUGUCCCCCAAGGGGGGGCCACCACCCCCACCCCCGCCCAAGGCUUCCAGCAAGCGGCCGGCCACCGCGGACUCGCCAAAGCCUAGCGCCAAGAAGCAGAAGAAGAGCAGCUCCAAGGGGUCCCGGAGCGCCCCGGGCACCUCGCCCCGUACCUCCUCAUCCUUCUCAGACAAGAAGCUGGCCAAGGACAAGAGUGGCACUCGCGGGGAGAAGGGGAAGGCUGAGAGCGAGCCCAGGGAGGCCAGGAAGCCCCUGGAGGUGGAGGAGUCCAACUCGGAGGACGAGGCCUCCUUCAAGUCAGAGUCCGCCCAGUCGAGCCCGUCCAACUCCAGCUCCAGUUCAGACUCCAGCUCAGAUUCGGACUUUGAGCCAUCUCAGAACCACAGUCAAGGACCCCUGCGCUCCAUGGUGGAGGACCUGCAGUCGGAGGAGUCCGACGAGGAUGACUCUUCUUCAGGCGAGGAGGCUGCCGUCAAGACAAACCCGGGGAGGGACUCCAGGUUGAGCUUCAGUGACAGCGAGAGUGACAACAGCGCUGACUCCUGCCUUCCCGGCCGUGAGCCCCCACCCCCCCAGAAGCCACCCCCACCCAACAGCAAGGUGUCAGGCCGGAGGAGCCCCGAGUCCUGCAGCAAGCCCGAGAAGACUCUCAAGAAGGGCGCCUAUGACAAGGCCUACACGGAUGAGCUGGUGGAGCUGCACCGCAGGCUGAUGGCCCUGCGGGAGCGCAACGUGCUGCAGCAGAUCGUAAACCUGAUCGAGGAGACUGGCCACUUCAACGUCACCAACACCACCUUUGACUUUGACCUCUUCUCCCUGGAUGAGACCACCGUGCGUAAGCUGCAGAGCUACCUGGAGGCUGUGGCCACAUGACCCUGGGCUGGGUGCCGGCCCCCCACCACCGGGGUCCUGGGAGGCUGCGGCCGGGCCCUGCCUGCCCUCCUCUCUGUCAACUCGCCUGUCCGCAGCACUGCCUUAGUGACCGCCCUGUCCUCGGCCCUCACAGCCAGCUGCACUUUCCUCGGCGGCUCCCCACCCGCCUCCCCGGCCCCUGGGGCCGAGGGGGGUUGGGCCGGCACUGCUGCUCCCUGCCACACAGAGCUGCCCCCCGGGCUCCCCUCGGAGAGCAGCUGCUGUGGAAGGCAGCUGUGGGCCUUGUUCCCCGAAGGGGAAGAGACGGUCGCGGCUGGGGGCCCCUCGCCUGGCCUUGGGACCAGCCCCUGCCCCACAGCGGGCUGUGUGGCACGGUUUCGCUGCCUGGGUCUCUCUCAGCAGCCGGACCGACUGCUAGGGGCUGUCCCCAGGCUCCCCAAACAGUUCAGAACAUGCCCCCCACCCACCUGGACCUCAGAAGGCCCCGCCUGUGCGUCCGAGUGUCGUCCGUAGACCGAGCGCAGGCCUCUCCGCCAGCUCCCGCGCUGGGACUCCGUGCUGUAUAGUUCUCCUAUAUUAUUUGUGUGUGUGCACCGUCUGUGCAAGAAGCAGCAUCCAGGUGUGCCUGUCGGGGCAGCAGUGCACGUGGGGUGGGUGGGGUGCGUACGGUGGGGCUUGUAGGUUAAGAUGUCUCCACGGGUCUUGUGGUCGAGGUGCAUGGAGGAGUCCUCCUUUGCUGUUCCAAGGACGCCACCUCCUUGCCGGGGCUCCCGGGCCGGUGGCACUAUGUGGGGUUGGUGAGUCCUCAGGGCGCCAGGGAGCCGCGAGCUCCGCUCCAGGUGUCUGCCCAGCACCACCAAUUUCCAGGGACGGAGUCAACACCCUGGAGCUCAUCCUCCUCCCAUAGGACCCUCUUCCUCCCUUUUGUUGAACAAGUCUUCGAACUUUGAAAAAAAAAAAAAAAAAAAAAACGAGCUUUUGCCAAAUAAGACGGGAUAGUUUGUGGAGUUUUCCGAGGCACAUCGGACUCCGAGUCCACCCUUUGAGUGUGGGCCUCGGCUGAGCAGGCCAGGUCACUUGGCUGAACUGGCCCCCUAGGCUGCCUUUCUCUCCGUGGCCAGCCGGCCUCCCACCGCCGCGGCCCAUGCUGGUGCCGAGCCUGAGACUCACUCCUUGUUCACCUGAGAUCCUCCCAGGGCCGGACCGGUCCUCCCCGGCUCACCCUUCCAGGGCCGAGGACUCUCAUGGGGCCCACUCCCCUCGGGUGCAUUCCCGGGGGCUGGAGGCCUGUUGCCUCUGCUUCCCCAGACCUUGAUCUGAGGCUCCUCUAGUCCCUACCCCCGACUUCAGAGUCGUUUCAAGUCCUGGUGCCCUGACCAGAUGGGGGAAGAGCUGGGGCCCCGCUGGGGGCUGCCUUCUCUCCAGCCCAUGGUUAGAUGUCUCCUCCCCCCAGCUAUGAUUUCAGCCAUGGGGGUGAGGGCUCCAUCUUCCUCCCCUGAGGUCCCUCAUCUUGUCCUUGCUCUGAUUCUGUCAGACAGAUCCUGAACACUCCUUGGGGUGACCCCUGUCUCCAAGGCUUCCCCCAGCUCCACCUAUCUGGGGAACACCCCAGAACCCCUGGGGAAAGGCCUGAGAUGUGUGGAGGAAACCUCCGGGGCUCCUGGCCAGCUGCUCUGUCUGUGUCCCCGCCCUACUGCCUUCAGGUAUCAGGAAGAGAGAGGCGGGCCCCACACCCCUCUGCCCUUCCAGGCAGGCCGGUAAUACUCAGAGUGGAAGCCUUCCUGUCUGCUCCGGAAACCCUCCAAGACAUUGGACGGGAGGAGCUGGCCUGUGGCGGGCGGGAGGUGGCAGCUGCUCUGCCCUCCAUGUACAGAGGCCGCCAGGGGUCUCGGGCCCUGGUCUUCUCCUUCAUGAGGAUCCCUUGGGAUCCACACAGCGACGUGAACAGCCUUCCACUCAGCCGGAGGAAGGCUGGGCUCCUGCCUGCCCUCAGCGGCGGCGUCUGGCCCUUCCUGCUGCUUCCAAGGCCCCCAGAAGCACCGACCCCGUCUCAGUUACCUCCUCUGGCUGGAAGGCCUCACCGCAGUCCUCCAGAGCUGCUCUGGGCCCAGGGCUGGCUCCGUGACCACCUGAUGGACAUGCCGGGCGCCCAGGGCCCCGCCCUGCCCCCACUGCCCCAAGGCUGGGCCCAAGAAGGCUCUGGGGAUGCUUCCAUAGGAAGGGGCCCGGCACUUUGUGAUUGCCGUGUGUUUUGUUACACCACCCACCCCUAGUGCAACCCCCCGUGUUUUGCUCUCUCCUGAACAAAGUGUAAACCGACGCCGGAAAGCAAAUGGUAUCGAAUACCUUUCUUUGCCCAUAAGGGUUUUUACAAAGAAUGUGUCUCACUAGGAACUAGGACACUUCGGCCGAGACCAACUCCUGGGUAAAAGGAAUAAGGAGAAUUGUGUUUGUAAUGAGUUAACAGGAUUGUUUCUGUCCUGGAUUUUAAACUUUUUGUUAAAUUGUGAAAUUAUGGAGGAGUUUUAUAGAAAAAAAGUGAAAUAAAGUCAGAUGGGAAAGCAGA